AGGCUACAUACAUACUUACAUACAUCUCCAUCCUCACAAACGACUACCUACUUACAUGCCUACAUAUCUAUGUCGCUGCACAUAAUAUAAUUUAGUGCGAUUAGUCCAAAUUCGCCAUCUCGCAUACACACAUUUCGCUCAUUUGUCCAAUAUCCUCGUAUUCCUGGUCCAUUCCGAUCCUUGGCCGUUACAGUACCUGUGCGGCCCGAGCAUUGCUUGUGCUUUCUGCGGCCAGGGGUGAAAUCUGACCCUACCGAGCUGGUGUGGAGAUAAACGAGCGAACUCCUACUAAGCAGCUUAGAUCGGGGAGCCUCACUCCUACCCAAGGUCGCGUUCCCUAUCGUUCGUAACCAGGAAAGGACUCCGGCAGUCCCAUCGAAGAUCACCGAUCGUCGGCCUUCAUACGCCUUUCAGUGUUAUCAUCUCGUCUAAGCUUUUGCCACAGCCCAGGCGAGCAAUGGCGGAUAUUCCGUUGCAUGUCAUCUCCGAGAAUUCGGCCUCUGAGAGACGAGUCACCCCAUCAUGGUCGAUCACCCAGCUGAAAAGGAAACUUGAGCCCGUUACCGGCAUCCCACCGUCAUCUCAACGUAUUAGCCUUAAGACGACAUCUAAGGAAACCAUAGCCGUCGAGGCCGCAGAUGAAGACACCACGAUUCUGUCUAGCUUCCCCCUAUCUGCUUAUGCAGAACUGCAUAUCAUUGAUACUCGGCCUGCUGGCUCUAAGCUGAAUCUCAAUGAUACAUCGGGCGUGGAGAAGUAUGUCAUGCCCCCGGACGAGUACGAGAAGAAAUCAGACUCGGUCUUGGCUUGGAAGAAGGCUGAGAAGUUAGGCCGCUUCAACCCGGACGCCCCCAGCUUGGAGAAGGCCAAGGUUGACGCCUUCGAGGCCGAAAUUAGGGGUCGAGGCAUAGAGGUGGGUAAAAGGUGCAGAGUUGGUGGCGACGAUUCUCGGAGAGGUGAGAUCAAGUACGUCGGCGAAGUCAAGGAGAUCCCCGGCUCUUUAGGGGCUUGGGUUGGAGUCCACCUUGACGAGCCAGUUGGAAAAAAUGAUGGUAGCAUUGGAGGCACUAGGUACUGGGGCACCGAAUCGGCACUUAAGCAUGGUGUCUUCGUCAGACCAGAAAGGGUCGAAGUAGGUGAAUGGCCAGUGCUCAAUGACUUGGAAGAUAUGGAAGAAAUAUGAUCUAACGUCAAUUUCUUUACAUCUCUAAUAUGUGGCAUUUGUAACCGGUGUCUAAUCAUUUGGAACGCGUUAAUGCAUCAAACUAUUUACCAAAAUUCAUGAGAUCAAUCUCUAGAUCCUUCUUAGAUUACUUCUAUGCCCUGAUAGAUUUAGGGGUGUCAGGAUAUAAUCCUCAAUGUACCUAAACAACAUAGUGAGUAUCUAUUCAAAUUGCGAAUCAUCCAAAAA